GCCGAGCAAAACCCUCAAGAACGAGAUCGGGAUCGGCAUGGCGUGUUCCCAUUGUUCCCCAGGUCUCGUCUAUGAAUCCGUCCGCCUGGAGUACAUUCCAUCAGACGGUGUCGAUCUUCGGUACACAGGCGGCGUCCUACCACUUCUUGCGCGACACAGCCAGCAGCUGGUGCGCUGCCAAUUCCGGCAAGCGUGGCUCGGACUACCGUGGUCAGCUUCAUCCAUAUGAUCGGUUUUCCGCGGUGCUGGUACCCUGAGGUAUUUGGGGAUGCUUCGACACUUUGCUAGGUGGUUGGAAACCCUUGGUCCUGGUUCGCUUGCGCCAAACAGCCUGCUGAAUGAUAACGACCUGUGGAGCUCGGAGACGACGCCACACCGUAGUCGGCAGUGACGGCCAAUGCAGCGGUAUCGCUGGUAGACACAAGUGCGUAUCAGAUUCUCCGCCAUACCGCCGCUUUGCGCUCGCAUCGUUUUGGUUGCCAUUCUACAUCCCG